CUUAAUUGCCAUUAAAAUAUUAUUUUCAAAAAUAAAAAACUUGGUGCUGCUACAUUUUCUACAAAUAAUCAAUCGCGAUUAUGGGCGGGAAUAAGGGUAGCUGGAUUUCAAAAUACAGUCACAAAAUAAACAAAUGAGAGAAAACCAUUUUCAAUUUUGAAUAAAAGAAAAGCUGAAAAAGUGGAUUUUGAGGUUUCUGCUCACUCUCUCCAUCUUCACAGCUUGAUAUCCACAAACAAGCACAUGCUCGUCUCUUUUUUCUUUUAUAUUUCCGAGUACCCAAAAAGAAGCACUUGAUUGCGUCGGAUGUGAUGCCGGAGCUACAAAUCCUUCCAUCUUCAGAGCGAGCAAAUAAACAUUCUGUGAAGUGCUAGUUGGGAAGUUGGACAAUAGAACAUUAGAUGGAUCGCAAGUGGUUGUGGAAGAAGAAGUCUUCUGAGAAGAGCUCUGGAGAAACUGACAGUUCAGGUUCAGUAUCUUCACACUCUGAGAGGUACUCUGAUGAACAGCAGGAGGCACUUAAGGCAUCUCCUAAUCAUGACACUCAAUCACCCGAAGUCACAUCAAAAGCUGCAUCCAAUGCUGAAGAUGUUAAUGAUAGUGUGAAGAGUCUAACAGAGAGAUUAUCAGCUGCUCUUGUGAAUGUUAGUGCCAAAGAAGACUUGGUGAAGCAGCAUGCCAAAGUUGCUGAAGAAGCUGUUGCAGGCUGGGAGAAGGCUGAAAAUGAGACGACUGUUUUUAAGCUAGAACUUGAAGCUACAAUGCAGCAAAACUCAGCCCUGGAAGAUCGGGUAAGCCAUCUUGAUGGGGCCCUCAAGGAAUGUGUAAGGCAGCUUAGACAAGCAAGAGAGGAGCAGGAACAGGCCAUACAGGAAGCUGUGGUGAAGAAAGCCCGUGACUGGGAGUCUACCAAAUUAAAGCUUGAAAGUCAAAUUAUUGAGCUCCAGAGAAAAGCGGAAGCUAAUAGAUCUGAAGUUUCUGCUUUUGUGGAUCCUCAUCUUUCUCAUAAGCUUCAAUCUUUGGAAAAAGAAAACUCAGCCCUUAAGCUUGAGCUACUGUCUCAAGCAGAGGAGUUGGAAAUCAGGACAAUUGAGAGGGACUUGAGUACUCAAGCAGCUGAAACAGCCAGUAAGCAACACUUGGAGAGUAUAAGGAAGGUUGCAAAGCUUGAAGCUGAGUGCCGGAGGCAAAAAGCUUUGGGUUGCAAAAUACCUGUAGUUCAUGAUCAUAAAUCCAGUGCUGCUUCCUCAAUUUAUGUGGAGUCUUGCAUGGAUAGUCAAUCGGACAGUGGAGAACGGCUAAACAUGAUGGAGAUAGAUUCUCAAAAGAUGAAUGUCUCAGAGCCAAACAAGCGUGACCUGAAUUUCUCCGACUCGUGGGCGUCAGCCCUGGUUGCUGAGCUUGAUCAAUUCAAGAAUGAAAAGGCUGUUAACAGAAAUUUGCCGGCCUCUUCUGUUGAUAUUGAUCUCAUGGAUGAUUUUCUUGAGAUGGAACGACUUGCUUCAUUGCCACAGACUGAGAUUGGAACUAGUUGCCUGGAAUCAGAAGCCAUAAUUAAUCAGUCCAAUAAUGAAGAAAGUGCCUUGAGAGCUGAACUUGAAGCCAUGAGUCAUCGGACAGCUGAAUUAGAGGAUAAGUUAGAAAAUUUGGAAGUAGAGAAAGAAAAGUUGGAGGUAGAGAAAGCUGAACUUGAAGCCAUGAGUCAUCGGACAGCUGAAUUAGAGGAUAAGUUAGAAAAUUUGGAAGUAGAGAAAGAAAAGUUGGAGGUAGAGAAAGCUGAACUUGAAGCUAUGAGUCAUCGAACAACCGAACUAGAGCACAUGUUAGAAAAGUUGGAAGUAGAGAAAGAAAAGCUGGAAGUAGAGAAAGCUGAACUACAAACUGCUUUAGCCAAAAGUCAAGAAUGUUUUGAGGCAGCAGAGUUUCAGCUAAAAGAAGCAGAAAUGAAGUUGGAGGAGUUACAAAAGGAGCUAAAUAGUGCAAGAGAAUCAAAACAGACUAUCGAGUCUCAGCUGAUUAGCAUGGAAGCAGAGGCGCGGACCAUGUCUGCUAAGGUUAAUUUCUUAGAAGCAGAGGUUCAAAGGGAGAGGGCUUUAUCAGCAGAAAUUGCUGUCAAAUGUCAAAGUUUAAAGGAAGAGCUAUCAAGGAAAAAUGAAGAAGUCAAUCUUCAGAAAAAUGCUUGCUCAAAUGGUGAAUUGAAGAUAAAGCAGGAAGACCUAGCUGUAGCUGCUGGAAAGCUUGCCGAGUGUCAGAAGACAAUAGCAUCUCUUGGGAAUCAACUGAAAUCUCUAGCAACACUAGAAGAUUUCCUGAUUGACACUGCAAACAUACCAGGGUUCUCUGCUGUUGCACCACAGAUUCCUAAAGCUGAUGACAAGUGGAAGUUUCAUUCUAACGUGACAUUUUCACCUAAAAGAGAUUCUGUGUCAAAACCAGCCGAUGAGAGUUGUGGUCCUUCAGUAAAUAGAAAUGAGGAUACUUCGCCACCAUCUUCAUCUUCAUCAACCUCAUCUACUGUAUUGUCAACUCAUGUCAGUUCUGAGAAGAAUCGAAAUGGGUUCGCAAAGUUCUUCUCUCGAACUAAGAGUGGGAUACGACUAGAAAUUUAGCCAAGAUUCAUUCUUUAGAAGAGAAAAACAAUAGAUAUAAUUGAUUUUAUGGGUUUGUAUUACAGAGAAUUUAGUGCUUCAGUGUAUUUUAAAGGUUGCUAAUUAAAUGCUGAUUAAUUGGCACAUUUUGUUUUCAAAUGAACAGUAAUGGAUCAAGCUCUGAAUGUCCACAGAUUUGCCCUAAAA